AUGUCUGAAGAGCUUCGAGACGAACUCGAGGCAAUCAACUCAAUUUAUGGUGACGGAUGCUUGGUCCCUUCGAACGAUCCCAAUGUGUACGUCCUGAAACCACCCGGAGAGUCAGCAUCUCUUCGUAUCGAGUUUCCCCCUACCUAUCCUGCAGUGCCUCCCGUUGUGCUAGGUACUAAUAGUACCGGCGAUUCUGGGAAGCGUGGUGAUGCUGCCCGGGAAUUAUCAUUAUUCGUCCAGGCAUUAAGCACCGUUUAUCAGCCAGGGGAUGUCUGUCUCUUCGAUGCCAUAGAAGAGCUGGCUCGACUUCUAGAGUCUUCAGCUCCAGAAGAGCAGGAAGUCCAAGACGGAGAUGCAACCCCUGAAGAUGCUGCGGAUGCUCCGCCUACAGGUAAAACCACGAUGCAUGCAGAUGUGUCUAAUAUACCGGAACCACCCUGGAUUAUAUCAGAUCCUUUCGUUGAGUUAAAAUCAGUUUUCGUCGCCAGGUGCGCGCCCGUCUCAUCAACUGAAGAGGCCGAGGCUUUUGUUCAGCAUCUUCUCGCCAGUGAUAAGAAAGUCCGAAGCGCCACGCAUAAUAUUACAGCGUGGCGUAUAAAGGGCCCGAAUAACACCACAUUUCAAGAUUGCGAUGAUGAUGGUGAAACUGCUGCCGGAGGACGGCUGCUACAUCUCAUGCAGCUUAUGGAGCUCUGGGAUGUGAUGGUGAUUGUCACUCGGUGGUACGGCGGCCAUAAACUAGGUCCACGCCGAUUUGCUCUAAUCAAUCAAACUGCGAGAGAUGCGUUUGUUAAAGCUGGCCUGGUUUCUGAGAAUCCAAGCAAGAAGAAAGGCCCAGGAAAGAAUUAG